AUGCUGCAGGUAUCGUCAAGAGGGGUAGAAGGCGAUGAAGCCACGAAGAGCCAGGGAAAGUCACCUCGAUGUCGAUACUCGAACGUCAGUCCUCGAAUCAUGGUGUGUAGGCUUCUUGCGCGCAGCUGCCUCUCAAUGGGUAUCCCCGCACGCACAUGCAAUGCUGGAUCCCAGGAAGAUGGUCAUGGUCAUGGUCAUGGUGAGCAAGGUUGGGACCGAGGAGGGACAAGUCAAAGACCGGACGAUGUCGAAGCCGAAAUAAGGUUGUGGGGGGGCAUACUGCACAUGGGAUCCACUAACAGCGCUGGAAGAACUCCCCUAGCCGCAGUGCUCGCUGCCGCCGCUGCUGUAGCAAUCCCCCCAUCAGCGGUCGCUACAGGGCUCCUUGUCGCUGCGUGUUCACUGGGGCACCGGGGGGCUGAGUGGGGCGACCAAGGGCCCCGUCUCAUAAAACCUCCUCCAAACUCGACUGAACGUCACCCUACCCCAUCGUCUCUGCAACUCUGCAACCUCUUGUCCUGA